AUUCUGGGUUUGUUUAUUUUUGAAGAAAUUGUUUUUUAAUUCAUAGAGACAGAGAGAGAGAAACAAAUUUUCUUAGUAUUGUGUGUGUGUGCUUUCCUUGAAUAUCAUUGGUCGCACGUGGAAACCCAGAAGAGUUGGUAAAUUGUCAAAAACAUGGCAAUUUCUGGUGUUAAAAAUGACAGAGGAGAAAUGAGGAUUCUUGAGAAUUUGGAUGAGCUAAGGACCGAUUUGGCUGACUAUAUAGCUGAGCUAUCAGAGGCUGCAGUGAAAGAGAGGGGUGUCUUUGCUAUUGCCUUGUCUGGGGGUUCUCUUAUCGGCUUAAUGAGUAAACUCUGUGAAGCUCCUUAUAACAAGACUGUAGACUGGGGUAAAUGGUAUAUAUUUUGGGCGGAUGAACGUGUUGUUGCGAAAAGCCACUCGGAUAGCAAUUAUAAGCUUGCAAAGGAUGGUUUUCUUUCCAAGGUGCCGAUUGUUCCCAGCCACGUUCAUUCUAUCAACGAUUCAGUUUCAGCAGAGGAAGCUACUGACGAAUACACAUUCGUUAUUCGGCAGCUCGUUAAAACGAGGAUGGUCAGUGUUUCCGACAUUAGCGACUGCCCCAAGUUUGACCUUAUCCUUCUUGGCAUGGGCCCUGAUGGUCACGUUGCCUCUCUAUUUCCUAAUCAUGCAGUGCUCGAUGAGAAGGACGAAUGGGUAACGUUCAUCACCGAUUCUCCCAAACCACCACCCGAGAGGAUGACAUUCACUUUGCCUGUCAUCAAUUCAGCAUCCAAUGUUGCAAUCGUCGUGACAAGUGAGAGCAAAGCAGAGGCUGUGCACUUGGCAAUCGAUAACAUCGGACCCGACAACCCGUCGGUGCCUGCACGGUUAGUCCAACCAACGAAAGGGAAGUUGGUAUGGUUUUUGGACAAAUCAGCUGCAUCGAAACUGGACAGUCUCCGAUUUUCCGAGUAGGGCCAAGUUUGUUUCGUGCCGAAAGUGUAUGUUUGCACGUAGUCGAGGGUUUUCAAACCCGUCAUCCCGUCGUCCUCGACUACUUCCUACUUUUUUCCCCUUCUGUUCCGUUAUAUGUUCAUCUUGUUUUCUUUUUCAUCUCUUUUCUUAUUGAGAUGAUGAAGUUGAAUCCCUGUUUUUGUAAGGAGAUGAAAAUAAAAAGUUCGGAUUAGUGCAAAAGCAUUUUCAUAUGCUGC